AUGCCAGCUGUUAAAUCCUUAAUUGCUCGGUUUGAUAAUCCCGUCAGGGAUAUAACCGUGAAAAAUGAAACUGGUGGUGGGAAUACCGACAGAGAAUUGGUAUUUCUUCCUCAACCUCACAUUGAAGCCCCCACUUCACCUGCAGAUGUCGAAUUAUUGAAGUGCACUGAGGACAUAUCAAAAAUAUUAAAAGAGUUGAAGAACUAUACACAAGUACACAAAGUGAAUCCUGAUCUGCCAACAAUAACACAUACAUUUACACAAGUUUCCCCCAGAAGAAAUAAUGGUCCCAUAAAUAGAAAAGAUUUAGUUACGUCUUCUCAAAGAAGCAAGUCGAGUAGAGUUAUUGAUAUCACUGAAGAAACACCAAUUCAAGAAAUAACUACAAACUCCAAUAAGGAUUUACCUCAACUACCUAGAACACCACCAGGCAGAUCUACAUGGAAGGCUAUCACUACUCGUGAAACUACCAUAUAUUCUUCGACUAAUAGAACUAAUUCUGGGUCUGCAGAUCUGUUAUUUUAUACACCGAUAGCAGAAGAUAAUAGCCCAGAUAUUUCACAGUAUUCUACUGUACUUGACGAAUAUUUUGAUGUUUUAGGGCCAGAGGGGACCCAAGCAGUUCCACCACCACCUUCGAAUGAAAAAUUAAGGAGACUACUUAAAAAAAGACGACAUGAUGGACAAGAUUCUGUUCUUCGUCUGAAUCGAAAUACAUUAUCUACAGAUAUCGCAAACGCUCAAUACGGAACACCAGGACAACCUCCUAAUCAUAGUAAUGCAAAUUUAUGGAAAACAGAUGAAGAUUUAAUAUCAAUUAACUCGUUAAGGUCGCAUUCGAAUAAUGAUUUAGGGUUUCAAAGCGUUCCAAGCUUAGUUCUGUUCGAAAAAAAGAGUGAUGAACUGGCUAUUCUGAUAUCUACACCAGAAGGGCAAACUAAUAACAUACAGUAUAAACCAGAGAUACCCCAAAUAUCUAUUAAAGGAAUAGACGAAAGAAGGUAUGUCACCAAAAUUGAAGAUACAUUAAGUAGACUGACAACUUUGAGCAAAGGAAGAAAACGCUACAGUACUGGUAGAGUAUGGAACAAGAUGAAGAGAAUAUUUGCAGCCAGAAAAUCAAAUAUUGAAAAAUUGAGAAAUGGAUUGUCUUCGUUACCAACUGGUACUAAUAACAACAAAAACAUUCCACAGCAGAGUACCGAUGAUAAGUCAACUGAAAAGGUGAGUGAGGUUGCAAAGGAAAAACGAACAGCCGAAAUUGGUAUACAAACAGAUCCGAUGUCACUUGAGACUGCUUUUGAAAUGGCAAGAUUAUCGAUCAAAUUUGCGAAUGAUAGACAGACUAUGAAUGAGAAAAUGAUAUCAUCCAACAGUAAACCAUUGCCACCAUUGCCACCGCCACAUGCAACCAGAAGAUCUUUUCUUAAAAAUGAAUGGAUUAAUCGACAUGGAAGUUUACUGACAUUUGUAAAUCUUAUUGAUAAUGCAUUUCAUCUUUAA